AUGCGGACACUCCCGCUAGGGUCCCCGCUAGAAAACGACGGGGACUACGGGGAUAAUGAAUACAACGAGAACAACGAGAACAACGAGAACAACGAGAACAACGAGAACAACGAGAACAACGAGAACAACGAGAACAACGAGAACAAC